AUGGCAGCACGCACUUUCUCACUCGAGCAGGUCAGCGAGCACAACAAGGAGGGCGACUUGUGGAUCGUCGUCAACGGAGACGUGUACGACCUGAGCCGCUUCACCGACAUCCACCCUGGCGGUGCGGGCGUCCUCCUCGCCUCCGACAUCGCCGGCAAGGACGCCUCCGAAGCCUUCUUCAGCCUGCACCGCUCCUCGGUCCUCGCAAAGUACCAGCGCCUCAUCAUCGGCAAACUCGACUCGUCCGCCUCCGCCUCGUCGACCAAAUACGUCCUCCCGCUCGACGGCGAACUCAGUCCCGUCCCCUACGCCGAACCCUCCUGGCUCGUACCGAGUUACAAGUCCCCUUACUUCAAGGACUCGCACCGCAGGCUGCAGAAGGCCAUGCGCAAGUUCUUCGACGAGAACGUCAAGGCCGAGGCGCGCGAGUUUGAGCUGAGCGGCGAGAGGCCGACGCAGAAACUCGUCGAAUUGAUGGGUACCGACGAGUGGAACAUCCACGCGAUGCGCAUGGGGCCGGGACGCCACCUGCACGGCAAGACGUUACCGGGGCCCGUCAAGGGCGAAGACUUCGACUACUUCCACGAGCUCGUCUGCGUUCAAGAGAUGUGCCGCGUCGGCGCGCCAGGCUACAUGGCAGGUCUUCAGGCAGGAAUGGUCAUUGGUCUCCCUCCUAUCCUCAACUUUGCCCCCGAACCGCUCCGCCAACGAAUCCUCCCCGACAUCCUCGCCGGCAAGAAGUUCAUCUCGCUCGCCAUCUCUGAGCCGCAUGCGGGUUCGGACGUGCAGGGUAUCACGACUUCUGCGACGUUGAGCGAGGACGGCAAGUACUGGAUCGUCAGCGGGAUGAAGAAGUGGAUCACCAACGGCCACUUCUCCGACUACUUCAUGACCGCCGUCCGCACCGGCCCGAAAUCGCUUACGAUGAUGCUCAUCGAGCGCGAUGCCGACACGGUCGACACGCGCAAGAUCAAGACUUCCUACUCGCCUUCGGCUGGCACGGCGUAUGUCUUUUUCGAGAAGACCAAGGUGCCGGUGGAGAAUGUGCUUGGAGGCGAGGGGAAUGGGCUGAAGGUCAUCCUUUCGAACUUCAACCACGAGCGCUGGGUCAUCAACUGCCGCAUCGCACGCUACUCCCGCCUCGUCUUCGAAGAAACCUGGAAGUGGGCCCACCUGCGCAAGUCGCAAGGAAAGCGCCUCAUCGACAACGCCGUCGUCCGACAGAAGUUUGGUCAGAUGAUUGCGAGGAUCGAUUCGGGUCAGGCUUGGUUGGAGCAUUUGACGUACCAGAUGACCAAGAUGACCUACGCCGAACAGUCCGCCCAACUCGCCGGCCCGAUGGCGCUGAACAAAUACUACCUCGCGCGGUGCGGGCAAGAAAUUUCCGACAUGGCGGUACAGAUUUGGGGAGGCAGGGGCAUCACGCAGGGUGGGAUGGGCGCGCUGAUUGAGCAGUAUCAGCGCACGUACAAGUUCGACAACGUCCUUGGCGGUGCUGACGAAGUCCUGGCCGACCUCGGUGUUCGUCAAGCCUCGAAGCGCAUGCCCAAGGCUGUGCUCUAG